GCGUUUUCACACGGACGGUUUUGAAUGAGACGCACACGUGUCUUCGGGUGGGACCGGUGGGGCUGAUGGAGCCGGCUCUUAAUUUCUGACACUAGCCCCCUCUUUACAAAGUGGGAUACACACGCCAGACGCUGCACGGUCGGUUCUUUACACUUGAAAUGCAUCGACGACUACACGAAGCGUUGACGCGCGUGUCUGUGGAUGCAAGGGAUCUGUAUCUGCAUGGCAGCGUGCAAUACGUGGAUGGGCCCCCAAGCCCCCUGGAGUUUCUCCGGGAAUGGGUGACACCAAACCGCCCUGUGAUCUACAGACACACUAUAGAGCACUGGGCAGCCCUGACCAAGUGGAGCCCCACGUACUUGCGGAAUGUCAUGGGCGGCAAGGAUGUGAGCGUGGCUGUUACGCCAAACGGCUAUGCGGAUGCAGUUUUUGGUGAUCGAUUCGUAAUGCCAGAGGAGAGAAUGAUGAAGUUUGGAGCAUUCUUGGACAUCCUUGAAAAGAAGACCCAAAACAAAGGUGGAGUAUUUUACAUUCAGAAGCAAUGUUCCAAUCUCACUUCGGAGUUCCAGGAGCUUCUGGCUGAUGUGGCACCUGAUAUCCCAUGGGCAUCAGAGGCAUUUGGUAAGAAGCCUGACGCUGUAAACUUUUGGAUUGGAGAGAAAGAAGCCAUCACAUCUUUACACAAGGAUCACUACGAGAACCUGUACUGCGUAAUAUCAGGAGAGAAAGAAUUCACUCUCUUCCCUCCUACUGACCGACCCUUCAUACCAUACGAGUUUUACCAGCCAGCCACGUACAGACAGCGUGAGGAUGGAGAGUUUGAAGUCGUCGAUGAAAAAUAUGCAGAGAAGGUGCCGUGGAUCCCCGUGAACCCCCUCCAGCCUGACCUGAGCCGGUACCCGGAGUUUUCAGGAGCCUGUGCCAUUCAUGUGACCCUACGGGCUGGGGAGACGCUCUACCUGCCCUCCCUCUGGUUCCACCACGUGCAGCAGUCACAUGGCUGCAUCGCCGUGAACUUUUGGUACGACAUGGAAUAUGACAUAAAGUACAACUACUAUCAGUUCUUAGAUGCAGUAGCUGGUGUGGCUAAAAGAUACAUGUGUGAUGACGACUCAUAGUGUGGCACAGCGGAGGUAAUCAACACUGGACUCUUUGCCGUGGCUUGGUCACUCGAAGGACUGUGGCAGAAAAUUGGAAAAUUAUGGCAGGACCUCAACCUCGGUUCCAAGCUACUGCAUGGACAAGAGAACAGAUGUGUUGUUCUUUUCAUUUGACAGGGGAUCCAUGAAGAUGCGAUUACAUUGAAAAUGUUUGCUUGGAAACCAUUUUGUACGAAAAGCCUCUAAAUUGCAUGUGGGAACACUCGAUGGGACACGGCCAUGGUGUCAUUAUUAGCACCCUGGACUUGCAAUCGAGACGUCUCUUUAUUCAAUUUCCUGGCUCGGCAGUUGAAAUACUGGCAAUGUUUCGUAAAUCACGCCGCCUCUUUGCACCCGUCAGUAUAAAUGGGCACACCACAAUCGAUCAGCAGGUCGUGUGUUGGGGUAAAGUGUGGGUACUCAACACCUCUUCUAAAGCGUGUGGCAAACGUAGAAGGGUAGGCCUAAAUACCCUCUAGAUGGGCCUCUCCAGAGCUCUCUCUGGUGGAGGCACUUCUACCAAUCGUGGCCUGAGUAGGCAAUUGCAGAGCUGAGCCUUUACCUUUUUACUCCUGGUCAGUUUUACUUAACUAUGACGACUCAAUGGAAUGACUGCACAGAACAGAGGUAGCUUGCUCUGCAUAGCUUUUGAAUUCUCCUCAAACCCCUAAAGAGUGUCUCUGCUCAUAUUGCCUCCAUGGCACACAAUUAUUGUUGUUGUUGGUGAUGAUGUUGAUUAUACUGUUUUUAUAUGAAUGUGUAAAUGAAGGUAGCUUAUUUUGCAUGUGUGGGUGAAUGCAAUUUCUGUUCAUGUUUAAUGGAAAUAGGUUUUUGUUUUAUUAAAGUCUGCCAUGAAGGGUUUCUACAAGGCCACAAAACAUGCUAAAUUACUUAAUUUGUGUAACCUGUUGAAAGAUUAAUCAGCCAGAAUCUACCCACUGCUGGAUUUUACCAUUAACUAUUGAACAAUAUCCAAGUUAUUUGUACUAAUGACAUCUGGUGACGUUGCAUAUUGCCCCCUGAAGAUGUAUAUUAAAAAGAUAAUCUUGAUCAUUAGACCUCCUUUGCCAGUGCCAAAAGAUAAGAAUAGGGUUUUUCCCCUUUUUAUUGGUUAAUGCAGACAUGAAUCCUUGUAAAAAGGUUUCAGUUUUGUUGGCAGAAAAAAUGGGAAAAACCCUAUUCUUAACAUAAUCUUGGUAUCGGAGGGUAGAGUACAGUACUUAAAGACGGCUGCUGGCGUGGACCCUGCACCACCAAAUGUCCCAUUGGCCCCCACCCUUUGGUGCUGAAUCACUGGAGGAGUGGUGACCCACACCAGGGAGUCCAACCGGAACAAAAACCGGAGCGAGACACCGGAUUUACCCACUAUUUCUGAACGAAAACUGAACCGAAAUGUUAUUUUGCCUCCGAAAUAAAAAAUCAUGAAAAAUCCUGAAAAGAGGAUGCGGUCAGCGGUUUUGAAAAUCCGGUUGAAAAUAAAUAUUGAGCUUUGUAA